UGGGCCAUGGCUAAUCAUUCUUCCCUGGUGAGUGAGUUCAUCUUUGUUGGAUUCUCCGGACUGCCACAGUUGCGAAUGUUCCUUUUUGUGCUGGUUCUGUCCAUGUACACUGUGUCACUUGCAGGGAAUGCUAUCAUCACCACCGUGAUCAAGUUGAACCCAGUCCUCCACACGCCCAUGUACUUUUUCUUGACGAACCUGUCGCUGUUAGAAAUAUGCUACACAACAGCCAUUGUUCCCAAGAUGCUCGUGAGCCUGGUGUCGGAGAAUGGAAAGAUCUCUCUCUGGGGUUGUGCUACCCAGAUGUACUUCUUCACUCUUUUCGGCAUCACAGAAUGCUGCCUCCUUGCUGCUAUGGCCUAUGACCGCUAUGUGGCCAUUUGCAAACCGUUGCAGUAUGGGCUCAUCAUGAACCGGGGAGUCUGUGCCCAGCUCUCAGUGGCCUCAUGGUCGGUGGGAGUGAUGGUGGGACUGGGCCAAACCAACUAUGUCUUUAGCCUGACCUACUGUGGGCCUAAUAGGAUCAACCACUUCUUCUGUGACAUCCCGCCCCUCCUGACGCUAGCGUGUGGUGACACCUCAAUGAACGUCAUUGCUGUAUAUAUGGUGGCUGUCCUUUUCAUCACUGCCCCUUUCCUUCUGAUCCUCACAUCCUAUGUUUAUAUCAUCACCUCUAUUUUGAGGAUGCCAUCAGCUGAGGGCCGGCGUAAAGCCUUCUCCACUUGCUCAUCCCAUCUCAUUGUUGUCUCCCUCUUCUAUGGCUCAGGUAUUAUUACAUAUCUCAGGCCCAAAUCCAGCUACUCAACAGAGAGCGACAAGCUGUUGGCCCUGUUUUAUACAGUUGUGACCUCCAUGUUGAAUCCCAUAAUCUAUAGUCUGAGGAACAAGGAGGUCAAAGUGGCCCUGAGGAAAACCAUGGGUAGCAAAGUAUGA